AUGAGUGGUUUAAAUAUUAUAUGGAUAGGUUUGGGUGUAUCAGCAGGAGUAUUCUUUUCCUAUAUUCUAGUUCCAAAAGGACAAAACCAAACUUAUGAUGAUAGCAACUAUGUUCAUGAAAGUAAUAGUGACAAUGAAGAUUUAGGCACUGAAAUUCAGGAUAUAGGAAGCACAAUUUGA